AUGCAGAUGUUUGGCUGUCGAGCUUGAGAGAUUUUGUUUUCAGAAAUCUCCAUAUUUUUGUUGAUUUGCCUCCGACUGUUGAAAAGUUUUUGCACCUGCUGGUAGCUUCAUCAAGAUGGACGUCGAGGUUGGCCAACGCAAACAGAAGACCUCGCCACGUAACGAGCCAUAUGUCCAUCCGGUGAAUGGGAUUGUCCAGCCGCCAGUGAUGCCGCCGCCGGGCCGACGCGGACGCAGAACCAAUGUGCUGGAGAGCCUGAAGUCGGUGCUGAAGUAUGUGUGGAAGAGCCGCUGGUCGUACUAUUUCCGAUAUCCGGUGGAUGCAGUUGCUCUCUGCAUACCGGACUAUCACAAUUUGAUAAAGCAUCCGAUGGACCUGAGCACGAUACGGCGGCGAUUGAACAACAACUAUUACUGGAAGUCGGACGAGGCGCUGGGCGACUUUGAGCUAAUCUUCGAGAACUGCAUGCUGUACAAUCUGGAGGGCAGCGAGGUGCACAAGGCGGGCAAGGAGCUGCGCGAGGCCUUCUAUACGCGCCUCUCCUACAUCGACAUGAGCAACGAGACCGAGCUGAUCCCGCAGGCUGUGCUCAAGAAACGCAAGGCCGAGUCCAUGAUGCAGAUGAAUCCAAUCUAUGAGUGCGUGACACCGGCUACUCCAAAGCUGGCCAAACAGAGUACGGAAACUGUUUGGUCACCAGCCGAGAUUGAGAUUUUCACCGAACCCGAACUCUACUCGGAGCCCAUCAAGUUCGAGGUGAAUCCAACCAUUCUGUACGAAUGGCAGAACUAUCUGGUCGAGAAGAGUCACUCGGAGCAGCUGCUCCGUGGGAUGACUAAGCGCAAGCGUAACCUGGUCAAUUGGCCCUUCAAGUGCUGCGACCUGUGGCGGGAAUAUGCCCAGAAUCUGCAUUACGAUCACGAUGCCGAGGAGAAGCUGGACUGGGAUAUUCUCAGGAACAGGCUCGAGAACAAUCAAUUCGAUAGCUUUGAGGAGUUCGUCGACAAGUUGCGGCUCAUGUUCCAGAACGCUUUGACCUGUUUUCCCGUUGAUGAAACUCUGAUCGAGGCGGUGAAUGAGAUAAAUGAUAUUCUAGAGUCUCGCUUGGAAGACUUUAAAAGUUCUAUAGCUGAAAUGAAGAUGCGGGUGCGACAAUUGGUAGCAAAAAAACUUCAAACUUAUAACGCAAUUAUUGCCCAGCAGGCCAGUUUAAUUAAUUCUGAAGAGAAUUUUUCAAAUGCGCACGAAUAUUGUGAAUAAUGUUUCAAGUUUUUGUAAUAAAGGAAA